UCUUGACAGUUCUGUCUUAACGAUUCUGAUAUUAAUGAAACAUCUCUGUAAAGGGUUGAAGUGUCUUCCUGAUUCUCAGUAGGCUGACACCAGAAAGAUUGGGGGAAAAGAAAUCACCGAUGUAAAUGGAGAGCUAUGCUAAGCAGUCCUGUGUUGAACAAGACAAGCUGGGACAAGCCUUUGAAGAUGCUUUUGAGGUGCUGAGGCAACAUUCAGCCGGAGAUCUUCAGUACUCUCCAGAUUACAAAAAUUACCUGGCUUUCAUCAACCACUGCUCUCAUGUUAGAGGAAAUUCCAACUGCUAUGGUGUGCUGCCUACAGAGGAACCUGUCUAUAAUUGGAGAACAGUAAUAAACAGUGCUGCGGACCUCUAUUUUGAAGGAAAUACUCAUCCAUCUCUGCCAAAUAUCCCUGAAAACCAACUGGUACAACCUGCUGUUCUCCAUCAAAAGGGAGGAAAAGGCAGGAAGAAGCUCCGACUGUUCGAAUACCUUCAUGAAUCCCUGUGUAAUCCUGAGAUGGCAUCUUGUAUUCAGUGGGUAGAUAAAACCAAAGGCAUCUUUCAGUUUGUGUCAAAAAACAAAGAAAAACUUGCCCAACUUUGGGGGAAAAGAAAAGGCAACCGGAAGACCAUGACUUACCAGAAAAUGGCCAGAGCACUGAGGAAUUAUGGAAGAACUGGGGAAAUCACCAAAAUCCGGAGAAAGCUAACUUACCAAUUCAGUGAAGCCAUUCUCCAAAGACUCUCUCCAUCUUAUUUCUUAGAAAAAGAGAUCUUCUACUCACCGUAUGUUCAACCUGAGCAAGGCUUUCUCAGCUUCAGUAAUUGGAAUGCAAAUUGUAAUUGUCCAUAUGCUGAUUAUCAUGAGCUAAGCCACCCUGAUUGCUAAAUACUCUCUUAACAUUUCAUUAUUUCCUGGCAUCAGAAAUCCCUACCAAUUUCAAGAUUUUUCUCUUAAAGCAAAUGCUGGAGAGGGAAAAACAAUUAACUUCAUUGUUUUUAAUCUUUCAUUAACAGAUUAUAAUCUAUACAGACUUGGUGAAAAAAAUCUGCCAGUGAACGACUUGUAAACGAUCAAGCCCCAUUUGAAAGUACAGACUAAAUGUCCUUCCUCUUACUAUUGUUUAUGCAACACUUUCAGAUAAACAAUGCUAGUAGAGAUUAUUUUACCUAUAUUGAUUUAAAUAUUGUUUUCCUGUCAUACACUAAGGCAAAAAAAAAAAAUACCACUCUAACAUAUCUGAUGGCUUUAGUGACAACAAAAUUGCAUAUGAUAGUCAUGCGAAAAUACAUUCAUGAUUUAAAAAAAAUAGUUUCUUUGCACUUCAGACCUCAUGGUCUGUAACCCUGUGGCGCUAAAGAAAUGAUCUAAGGAAAAUGUGAUCUACCUUACUGAUAAGAGAACUCCAAAGCUUAUACUACCCACAAGUCAUUUCCUGGCAUUUCUCCCCUGGGGUAGAUCCAGGAGCUAACGUUUCUUGCUAUCCUGCCGCUCAGCCACAAGAAGGUGCUCUUGCCUUGUUAACGGCUCUCUGGCCCAACUUUGAAACAAGACUUCCUCUUCCCUUGAAUUAGCCCAGCUAAGACCAGGCUGGAACAAUUGGAGAAAAAGAAAAGAAAAGAAAGAUUUUGAUAAAGGAUAGAGACUAGCAAAUAAAUCCAGAAAGGAACCAGGACUUGAAAGCUAUGGUUUGUUCUCAACAUUCCAUCAGGAAUGAAGAAGGAAACCCUGUUAACUUUCUUACGAAACCUGGCAGGUUCAUACAUACUCCAUCUGUAUUACUAUGACACGGGAGAGCUUCCUAGACUACAUGGGCUAUCUUCAGUCCAGGCCAAGAGCUGCUUGGAGCCUACCCUAUUUGAUUUGUACCAUUGUCCUUUUUCUUUGUGUCCUCCUGGUGCCCUUUGUCCCUCAGGGAUUCUUAAAAACAUGGCAGACUAAGUGAAGGUAAUGAUACUGGCCAUCUGCACAGGUAGUCUGGCCUUCUGGUAUAAACAAUGUUUGCAUCCUCCCCAAAAUCACAUGUUGAAUCAUAACCCCCCAGUGUGAUGGUAUUUGGAGGCAGGCUCUUUGGAAGGAAGAGCUCUCUCAAAUGGGCUUCGUGCCUUGUGAAAGAGACCCAGAGAGCUUCCUCACCCCUUCUGCUUGAGGACACAAGACGGCCUCCUAUGAACCAGGAAGCAGGCUCUUACCAGACAUUGAAUGUGCUGGCGCCUUGAUCUUGGACUUCCCAGCUUCCUGAACUGUGAGAAAUUUCUGUUUAUGAGACACCCAGUUUACAGUAUUCUGUUACAGCAGCCGAAAAGGAGCAAGACAGUUCCAAUCAGUGCUCACCUUAAAAGUAGGACCCAGCGUACUUUUGUGUUCACUUUCCUACAAAGAAAUAUGCUCUGUAAAUUAAUGAACCACAUAAAUUUUACCAGACUUUGCGAAGAGGAAAUAAAUGAAGAGGUUUUACUACACAGAUCAUUCAGCCAACAAUAAAAUUCAUUAACAUUUUACUUCU